AUGGGAGAGAACGAAAGGUCAAAGUCGCUAUUUUGGACUCGCCCAUUCGCAUCAAUAUUUCGACCCGCCAAGCACCCACAUUAUUUUGCAAGGAUGGCCACACUGUUAUCUCUCAUUCCAAAACCUGUCUCUUUGACAUCGCCGACGGCACUGGUAUUGCCAUCUUCGCCUCAGAGCGCCACUUCAAAGCAGCAACCACAGCACGAACAAGAAGAGUACAGCUACGCGGAUCUACGGGCGCUCGUCUUCUCAUUUCGCAAGCUACUUAUCGAAGAACUCGGUGUGAAGCAUGGAGAUGUCGUUGCGCUUUCUAUGACAAAUACUCUCGAAUUUGUCGUGAGUUUCAUUGGGACGACUAUUGCGAGGGCUGUCUCUGCGCCAUUGAAUCCCGCAUAUUCCAUUGGAGAGUUCCAGUUUUACCUGCAAGAUACAAAGCCUGCCCUCUUGCUGAUCCCUCUCCUUCAAGGCGGCUCUAAUAAGGCAGCUCAAACCGCACUAGAAGCUGGGAAGAAGGAAAACAUUCCCGUUUUUGAGAUCUGGACUGGGGAUCCACAACCCGAGGACAUUGCUCUCGUUUUGCACACAUCUGGGACCACGGGUCGACCCAAGAGUGUGCCUCUCGCCCAUCGAAAUCUCAUGCGCACCACGGCCAACAUAAUCCAGACGUAUGAUCUCAAUUCAUCUGACCGUACCUAUCUCGUUAUGCCACUCUUCCACGUUCAUCAGGUGAUGUUGGUGAAUAUGAAGG